CAGACACUGGCAACCUUCUACCAAUUCUUUCACUCCGUGUAGAGCGACUCCCGCUCGACUGUUUAUCGCCAUCUGUCUUCGCGUCGUUGGCUACUCUCUUUCCAAUGUCUACUCAGCCAUUGCUUCAACGUACUGCUGCCAAGCGUAUCGCAUUACCAGUUCGAGUCGAGCCGAAAGUAUCCUUUGCCAAUGAACGGACAUUCCUGUCAUGGCUGCAUUUCACCGUCGUACUAGGCGGUCUCGCCGUUGGGCUCUUGAAUUUUGGUGACAAAGUUGGAAAAAUCAGCGCUGCGAUGUUUUCAGUUGUAGCGAUGUCUAUUAUGAUAUAUGCUCUGUAUACAUAUCACUGGCGUGCUGCAUCUAUUCGACGAGGUGGACGGGGUCCGUAUGACGAUAGGCUUGGUCCGACAAUACUAUGUAUUGCGCUACUAGGCGCGUUUUGUUGUCCCUACAACAGCUCAUCGAUUACUGACGUCCUUAUUAUAGUGGCUAUCGUCGUCAAUUUUAUAUUGCGUUUUACGGAGACAUAACGACCCAAUUUCGCUGAUAUGGACUAUUUACGGUACCACCCAUCGGG